UACACCAAUCUGAUACUACCCCUAUGCCUCAUGAUAAAGUAGGUAAUCGGAUUUAUAAGUAUAGGGGUGUUAUUAAAGAUGUUGCAACUAGAUAUCGUCGUAGUUUUGCGUUGACUGAUAAAUCUUCUGCACAAAUGGCUAAGAAUAUUCAAAAAAUUUAUAAUGAUCCUAAGGAGCCUCUCUCUUGGCCGAAUUGUUUUAUUUCUGAUAAAGGGACGGAAUAUAUGGGGGAUUGUAAGGGUUUAUUGCUUAAACACGGUGUAAAAAUACAAUAUGCUAAAACUAAAGAAGGUAAUGCUAUAGCUGAACGUGAUCAUCAGGAAUUUGAAAAGUCUGCUUAUAUUCAGCAAGAUGCUAAAGAUUUUCUGCUACCUUUAUCGGAACGUUCUAGAGAUUGG